GCAGCGGAAGGAAGGACAGAGAUAAAGCUACACAAGGAACCCAAACUCUUCAAACUUAUCCAUGCGCACCUCCAAGGCUACGAUAUUCUCCCACUGUCAGACGCAUGUAUCCCGGAAUAUAUGACCAAAGAGACAGCACUCCAAAAUUUAUUGAAAGAGGCGUUGUACUACGGACUGGGAGAACUUCAAGACAUGAUCGAAGCUUUGACACAGGAACAGACUGUGGUCGAAGUCGAGGAAACACGGAAACCCCGAAGAUAUAGACUUGCUGAAUGUGACCGGCUCGGACACUGGCAGCAGGACGAAAUCUCGGAGAGCGGCUUCCAGUUCAUAUGCUCAAGAAUACUUGCGCAACCAAAUCUACGCCUUCGACUCCCUCAAGGUCUUGACCAAGAAGGGUUUAAGGUGGUAGUAGGUUGGACGGAAGGCGCAGAUGGAUAUGAUUCAUCAACUUUCGCACUACUGGAAUCAGUC